UUUGAUGUUAUAUGUUAUUAUUUGGUUAUACGAAGGAGUUCUUCAGUAUUAUUUCGACAAAUGUUGCAUUCUAAAGGAUCUUAUUAAACUUAAAUAAUUACCCUGUAAAUUCGGAUUAGUUUACAUUAUUUUAGCUACAUUAUAUUUAUCAAAUACAUGCCGUAUUAAGAUUAGUACAAAGUUGAAGUUGAUGAUAAGUUUUAAAUAAAUAAUUUUAUAAAUGGCUCAUGGAUAAUAAUGACUAAUGUAAGAAAAUAUAUUUUAGCCGGUAAGUACUAAAUGAUUAUGUCAAUCAUCAUUCAGCAUUUUAUAUUAUUUUAAAGUUUUGGCUAUACUUUUAUUGCAAAUAAAUACAAGUAUGUUUUCUUUAUUUACAUGAUAUCUGAAACCGUCAUACAGAAACCGAAUUAAAGAACUACCCAGUUUGAGCAUAGAUUUUGUGACAAAGAGAUUUCAUUUGAAGAACUACAAUGAUUGUUACUAAAAUGAUAUCAUUGAUGUAUGUGAUACAUUUUUUACAACUACCAGUUAGAUCUACAAACAGUCAUAAAUAUCGUAACAAUAUCAGCGAAACAAUGGCAACAUUAUUGGAGGAUAUCUUUAAAGGAUAUGACAAAAGAAUUCCGCCAAAGUUUGAAAUUGGAAAUGAUAACCAAGUGAAUGUUGUGGUUCAACUAUUUGUCAAUUCCAUAUUUUCUAUACGAGAAGCGAAUAUGGACUAUGCAAUGAGUGUAUUUAUACGAGAACGUUGGACAGACGACAGAUUAUCAUAUACUGACAGUGUUAACUUGACGAGACUCGAGUUGGAUACGUCAAUGUUUGAUGAUAUAUGGAUGCCUGAUGUAUAUAUUGUAAAUGAAAAAGAGUCGGAUUAUCAUGAAGUUACUGUGCCAAACAAGAUGGUACAUAUAUACCCGAAUGGAACAGUACAAUUCAGUGCCAGGGUGACUGGUAUAUUUUCUUGUGGGAUGUACCUUCAUAAAUACCCAUUCGACUCACAAUCAUGUCGCUUAGAUGUUGAAAGCUAUGGUCACAGUUCUAAGAACCUUAUAUUGACUUGGGACGUACAUGCGGUAACUGUAGCAGACGACAUUGUCCUGCCGAAUGUUAUGAUAAAGAGUAUAACUUCAUAUAACUGUGACAAAGAUUACUUCGGAAUCAUAUAUCCGUGUAUUGGUGUAACAUUUGUUUUUGAACGGAACUACGAGUACUUCAUUCUACAAAUAUAUCUGCCUAGUAUACUUAUUGUCAUAUUAUCCUGGGUGAGUUUCUGGCUUGAUUGCACGGCUGUACCGGCUCGAAUCUCACUCGGCUUGUUAACGGUGCUGACAAUGACUACACAAAGUUCUGGUGCUACGGAACAUCUGCCACAUGUUUCAUAUUUGAAGGCUAUUGAUGUUUACAUGGCAGCUUGUCUCACCUUUGUUUUCCUUGGUUUGGUUGAAUUUGCUUAUGUGAAUGUAUUGACGCGUGUAGAGAAGCGAAGAAUUAAAACCAAAUAUCAGGACAAGACGAAUCCGGAACUUAAUGCAAAUCCUGUAAAAGAAUCUUCGGAUUGUAAAGGAAACACAAGACACGAAUUUGGAAUACUUUGCUUUCAACAACUCACUAGUCUUGGCAAAGCACGGCUUGUAGAUAAAAUUUCACGUGUUUUGUUUCCAGUGACGUUUAUUUUGUUCAAUUUAGUAUAUUGCGGUAUAUAUUUCUUUAUGUAACAAACUUUAAAUAUAAAAAGGAAAAAAAUACCAUUUCUCAAUUAUGAUAUUGUAAACAAUGACAUUACCAACAUGCCCAAGCUGUAUAUAAGGUAUGUACAAGCUAUAUCGUAUAUUGUCUCGACUCUAUAAGUGAUCUAUUUGUUGGUAAAAGAAUAAAACGGCAGUAUUUGUAUCAUUGAUAUAUAAGAUGGAUGUUUAAA